AACAAAAGGCCAACCGUCGCAAACAUUUGAACUGAGCGGACUGAGCGACGGUAUUUGUAAGACGCCUUUGUAAAAUCUUCACAGUGUGUAGAGAGAGUGCGGCUGACGCAAUAGGAGAAGUGCAACGCGUGUAAAACGACUCAAAGAAAAUUGAUGAAAUAUUCCCUUCAGGAUUGAAUUAGUUUCGUUAAUCGUUAGAAAGGUGUUAGAUCAAGUUGUGUAAUAAAGAAAUUUAGAAGUUAAAUUGAGUUCUUGUGGAGAAAUAUCCCGGAUAGACCGCCAGACAUCCAGCUGGCAGAUUUUGCUGACAGCCUCUGAAGAAAAGGAAAGGCGAGCGCUUGCGUCUUAGGUUUUGGGCUUACCGAGUGCGGCAAGAGUGUCUUCGAGAUAGGCAGAUUGUUGUGGCCACUCAACCAAGAUCUGGAGCCUGCGGGAAUCGGUCAUUUCGACCGGAUUAUCUUAAAGGAGAUUUUCCAUUUGCAGGUUGGUUGUUAAACUCGAAGGGGUGUUUCAAUCCAAGGUUAUAGUACUUUAACGGGUCAUUGCUUAUUACACAGGUUGGUGUUACUACCAAAGGGGUAAUUCAUUCCACUAUUGGGAUACUUCUAAGGGUUAUUUAUCAUUACACAGGUUGGUUGUUAAACUCGAAGGGGUGUUUCAAUCCAAGGUUAUAGUACUUUAACGGGUCAUUGCUUAUUACACAGGUCGGUAAAGCCCACAUAUUACUGGUCCUUCGAGGGAACUGGACAGAAUCAUCGACAAAGCAGACGCCCUUUCAUUGCUAAGGACUAUCGAGAAUCAAUCCUUCUUCGCCAACGUCGGCAUUGCUCCUUGCUAAGGAUUGAAUUGCUUGUCCUUCUACACCUGCCCUCGUCAACACUGCUUCAAGAUGGCGAGUAUCGAGCUGAAAGCUCUCCAUAUCGAAAGAGGUAUCUGCAAGAGGAUGCUCACAAACAUUGAGAGAAGAGUCUCUGAGACUUCAAGCUUCACUGAGCAGUUGAUUGAUGUACUUCUUGGCGAAGUCCAGUCUACACUGAAUAGGUUUACACCAAUUCAGACACAAAUUGAGAUUUUCGUUGAUGACGAUCCCAAAUUGAAAGUUCACGAAGAGAAUGAGGGUGACUCAUUCAACAACAGAUGCGUGGAUCUUCGACUCAAACUUGGGCACAUUGCUGAAACAUGCAAAGGGAGUUCGAACGGAAGUCUUCCACAGCAAGAGGCUUUGGACAGUAGCAUCGCUGAUGUUCUACUGAAACAAACGGAUCUUUUGGAUAAGAUCGCUGAGUGGCAGAGGUCUAGCCCAGGAGCAACCAAUUCUGAGAGUAGUGCAACACGCUCCAAACUGCCACAAUUGAACCUUCCGUCUUUUGAUGGAAAAUACAUAGAUUGGCCGCAAUUCAGGGACGCAUUUGAGAAUGCCAUUCACAACAACGAUUCUCUCAGAGAUAGUGAAAAGAUGCAGUAUUUGAAGAUGUAUCUAACUGGAGGUGCUGCUGCGGACAUCAGUACUAUACCGAUCUCCAAUCAGACUUAUCAAUCUACCUGGGACAGUCUGAAGGCUCAGUACAACAAAAAGGUUCACCUCGUGAAUGCAUACAUCCAACAGUUUAUGGCACAAACUCAAAAGAAGGUCGAAAAUGCGUCAGAUUUGCAAUCUGCUAGUAGGAGAUACAAGCAGAUCGUUGAUGGUCUCAGAGCUUUGGGACCCGAGUGCUUCUCGCUCGACAUGUGGCUCAUUUAUUUGAUGAAAUUAAAUAUGAGCGAGAACUUCAGGCAAGAGUGGGAGAAAGGACGAAGUGCAGAUCAGAUGUCAACAAUCGAUGAAUUCUUCAAAUUCAUGAGUGACGUGACAGAUGUUAUGGAACGUGCUUCUCAUGGCACUUCUCCUGGCCCACCUUCAGUGCAAAAGACUACCAACAAGUCAAACAAGUCUGGGUUUAAGACCCACCACACGAAUGCUACAAAAUGUCCGGAAUGCGAGGGUGAACAUGCUUUGCCACAAUGUGAGAAGUUCCUGGCACUUUCGCUCUACGAGAGGCGUGAAAGGAUGGCACAACAUCAUCUUUGCUACAACUGUAUGAAACCACAUCAUUCAGCUGCCAAGUGUCAAUCCAAGGGGAAGUGUCAGAAGUGCGGUAGGAGGCAUCACACUCUGCUACACCCUCCAAAGAUGGAUCCAGUUCCGGAAGAGAUUGAUCAAUCUGUGAAACCUCAGGUGAAACCAGUAGCCGCAAAGGAAGUUGUACCUCAGUCACAGAAGACUCCUGAACAGUCACCAACUACUUCUUCAACCAUCACAACUCAUCACUCCUCAGUUCACCGCAAGGCAUUACUGCCAACCGCUAUUGUCAACGUGAGGGAUGUUUACGGCAAGUAUCAGGCUUGUCGAGUGCUUAUUGAUGGCGGAGGAGAGUGCACGAUGAUGUCAGAAGAGUGCGCUCAGAGACUUGCGUUGCCUAGAUCCAAAGCUAGGAUUGCUGUUCAUGGAGCUGGAGAAGUGAAUGUAGGCUACACAAGGGGGCUAGUCCACCUGGAAGUCGUCUCAAGAUAUGAUCCGAAUGACAAAAUCGAGGUUCAAGCUUAUGUUAUGGAGAAGGUUACUUCCAAGUUGCCUUCCGUGGAUCUCUCAGGGUUUAAGUGGGAUCAUAUCAAGAGCCUGCAGCUUGCUGAUCCUCAAUAUACCGUUCCGGGAAAGAUAGACAUCAUUCUUGGGGCUGAAUACGCUUUUGAGAUCAACUUGCCGCAAACACUCAAAGGGGACUCUGGACAACCAAUAGCUCAGCUUACCAUUUUCGGAUGGAUUGUGGGUGGUCGGAUCGAUAGCCCACUCAACAGCAUCACUUCACUGCAUACGCAUUACAAUUUGGAUGAGAUGCUAAAGAGAUUUUGGGAGGUUGAGGAAAGCCACCUCGACAAACAACCUCUACUUACAGAGGAAGAAGUCAUGUGUGAAGAACACUUCACACAAACACACUCAAGGGACGACACAGGCCGUUAUGUCGUCAAAUUACCAUUCAAAAAGGAUCACAAACCAUUGGGAAAUUCAAGCUCAACAGCGCUAGCUCGUUUCCAAUCAUUGGAAAAAAAGCUAUCCCGAGACCCAGACUUCCAUGAGCAAUACAAGGCGUUCAUGGGGGAAUAUAUCGGCUUGAAUCAUAUGGAACUAGUGACUGGACAUGAUCUGAAACCUGAGGAUGAAUCGUAUUUCUUGCCACAUCAAGCUGUUCUCAGACCUACAAGUGAGACAACCAAACUGAGAGUUGUCUUUGAUGCGUCAGCAACCACUCGCCCGAACAAUCCUUCGCUCAAUGAUAUACUGGCGAUUGGUCCUACCCGACAAGAUGAUCUGCUUGUGUUGCUUUUGCGUUUUCGAACGCACAAAGUAGCUAUGUCCGCUGACGUAGAGAAGAUGUACAGACAGAUCCUGGUUGCAAGCGAGGACAGAGAUUACCAAAGAGUGUUCUGGAGGACAAAUUCUCAGGAGAAGAUUCAGAUCUUUCGACUCUGUACCGUGACGUAUGGUACGUCAAGUGCACCGUUUCUUGCUGUGAGAGUUCUUCAUCAAAUAGCUAUGGACUACAAGGAUGAUUAUCCAGAGGCCUGUGAAGUUAUCUCCACAUCAUUUUACAUGGAUGAUUUGCUAUGUGGAGCUGAGUCCAUCGAAGACGGCAAGAAACUUCAAAAGGAGAUCCAGGAUGUUCUAGGCAAGGGACAUUUUGUUCUUAGAAAAUGGGCAUCUAACUCUAGUGAGGUUCUAGAUCAAGUUCCGCCUGAUCUCCAAGCUAUUACACCCGACGAGGUCAAAGCACACACCAAAUCGAUCUCAGCCCUUGGGCUUAAGUGGUCACCAGGUCCAGACAACUUUUCUUUGGUUAUUGAUGCUCUACCACUGGUAAGGACGAAACGCGAUUUGUGUGCUGCUGCAGCGAAGGUGUUUGACCCAUUGGGAUUUAUCUGCCCUGUCACGAUAAAUCUAAAGAUGAUGUUCCAAUCUCUUUGGCUGAUUCCUAAUCUUCAAUGGGACGAUGAACUGCCAGAUGAUACAGCGAAAUCGUAUGAGAGAGUGCAGACUGAAUUUUCCUUAAUUCAGAAAAUAGUCAUUCCGAGAGCGAUUCCAACCCAGAAAGAUGUGAUUGAAAUUCAUGGAUUCGCUGAUGCAUCAGAACGAGCGUACGGAGCUGUCAUCUACGCAAAGGGUAUGGAUGCUGAUGGGAACAUCGAGAUCAACAUUGUGAUUGCCAAAUCCAAAGUGGCUCCCCUAAAACCAAUCACAAUCCCAAGAAUGGAGCUAAAUGCUGCUGUUUUGCUUACACAACUGGUCACAAAGGUCAAAGAUUCUCUGGGAAACAAGAUGGUGGAAGUUCAUGCGUGGUCUGAUUCAACAAUUGUUCUUCAAUGGCUUCAAGAACCACCCAGGACAUGGAACAAUUAUGUAGCUAGGCGUGUUUACGCUAUUCAAGAGGUCGUUCCACCUACUCAUUGGCGCCAUGUGCCUACGGCACAGAAUCCUGCAGAUUGCAUUUCCAGAGGAGUAUCCCCAAAGGAGCUUUCGGAGCACACCUUGUGGUGGCAUGGACCACAAUGGCUCAGUGAGAAUGAAGAGAAGUGGCCAGAGAACAAGGUGAAGAGGGGGAAAACAGGCGAAGAGAGAUCAUCCCAUGCAGUUUCCCUCGUGACGCAAAACCAAGUCGACCCUCUUGAUCUGCUGAUUGAGAGAACUUCCGGACAUCUGAAGACUGUGCGGUAUCUAGCUUACUGGCUCCGUUUUAUUGGGAAUUUGAGAGUCAAGAAAGAGGAGCGAAAAACGGGUUUCCUGACAGUUAGUGAGUUGCAGAAUGCCACAACUUGUAUUCUGAAACAUAUUCAGCAGAAAGUAUUUCCGGUUGAAUACAAGAGCUGUGGACAAGGACACCCUCUUCCGAGAUCGAGCAAGUUGUUGAAACUUGUUCCUUUCCUGGACAAAGAUGGAUUGAUGCGGGUUCAGGGCCGACUGGCAAACUCAAACAUGGAUUACUCCACACAGCACCCCAUCAUUUUGCCAUCUGCUGCCAAAUUUGUGAGAGACCUGAUAGUGUUCACCCAUGAGAUGAAUCUUCAUGCUGGACCGGCGAUUCUGAUGAACACUUUACGCACGAAAUAUUGGAUUCUUGGGCUCAGGAAUCUUGUCAAGGGCAUCACCAGGAAGUGUGUGAAGUGCAUCAAGGCGAAACCAACCACUGAGACACCGUUUAUGGGUGACUUGCCUGCAGCUAGAGUCCAACAGAACAGGCCAUUUUACCAGACGGGUUGUGAUUUCGCGGGACCCAUCAAGAUUCGCGCAUCCAAGCUGAGGAAGGCUCCGGUCAUGAAGGCCUACAUAUGUGUAUUCAUAUGCAUGACCACGAAGGCGAUGCAUCUUGAGGCCGUCAGUGAUCUGACCACUGACGCUUUCCUGGCGAGUCUACGGAGAUUUACUGCACGUAGAGGGCAUUGUCACACAAUUUUCUGUGACAAUGGUACUAAUUUCCUUGGAGCAUCAGGGACAUCCCGUGAAGAAAGGCUCAAGGGAAUCCGUACCCACCAGCACAAGGUGACUUCAGAGAUGUCAGGUAAUGGAACACGAUUUAGUUUCAUUCCAGCCCAUUCACCCACGUUUGGAGGUCUUUGGGAACGUGGGGUUUCCAGUGUGAAAUCUCAUCUACGACGAGUGCUGGGGGAAAGUCUGCUGACUUUCGAGGAACUAGCAACAGUUCUGGCACAAAUAGAAGCGUGCCUGAACUCACGCCCACUCUGUGCGAAGUCUUCGGACCUAGAUGACAACGAACCAUUGACACCCGGCCAUUUCCUGGUCGGACACGCCAUGAAUCUGACCCCUGGCCCAGAUUUGCUUGAAGUUAAUCCCAACCGUUUAAGCCGAUGGUUACUACUUCAGCGCAUGGUGCAACAUUUCUGGAAGCGCUGGCAUAUGGAGUAUAUCACAUCGCUUCAACACAGACCCAAAUGGUACGAGAAGAAGAGGAACUUCUGUGUUGGAGAUUUAGUGCUGCUUCGAGAUAACCUUCUCAAACCCACUUACUGCAGAAUGGGAAGAGUCACUGCUGUCCAUCCGGGCAAAGAUGACAUCGUUCGGGUCGCAACAGUGAAGACAUCCGACGGCAUGCAGAAACGGGCAGUCAAUACCUUGGCCUGGCUGCCCACAGACGGUUUCUUGAGCCCCUCCAGGACUCAAGAGGGGGAAAAUGUGGGAAAUGAAGACGAACAAAAGGCCAACCGUCGCAAACAUUUGAACUGAGCGGACUGAGCGACGGUAUUUGUAAGACGCCUUUGUAAAAUCUUCACAGUGUGUAGAGAGAGUGCGGCUGACGCAAUAGGAGAAGUGCAACGCGUGUAAAACGACUCAAAGAAAAUUGAUGAAAUAUUCCCUUCAGGAUUGAAUUAGUUUCGUUAAUCGUUAGAAAGGUGUUAGAUCAAGUUGUGUAAUAAAGAAAUUUAGAAGUUAAA